AUGGGAAUUGAUUUUGGUGUUGGGGCAUUGUUGUCGAAGACGAAGUUGCUAACAACCUUGAAUCAUGGGCCUGUAGUGUCAAUAAACAUAUUUGUAGCUGUUAUCUGUGCGUGUAUUGUGAUUGGUCAUCUCUUGGAGGAAAAUCGCUGGAUGAACGAGUCCAUCACUGCUCUUUUGAUGGGUAUAUGCACCGGCGUAGUGAUUCUACUGACUAGUGGAGGCAAAAACUCCCAUAUUUUAGUGUUCAGUGAAGAUCUUUUCUUCAUUUAUCUUCUUCCGCCAAUCAUCUUUAAUGCUGGGUUCAAAGUGAAAAAGAAGCAAUUCUUUCGCAAUUUCACAACUAUAAUGCUUUUUGGAGCACUUGGUACUUUGAUAUCAUUCAUUACCAUAUCAUUGGGCGCCAUUGGCAUCUUCAAGACAAUGAAUAUUCGCACUCUUGAAAUAGGAGAUUAUCUUGCAAUUGGAGCAAUCUUUUCUGCAACAGAUUCUGUUUGCACUUUGCAAGUGCUUAAUCAGGAUGAAACACCUUUUCUCUACAGUGUAGUCUUUGGAGAAGGCAUUGUAAAUGAUGCUACAUCAAUAGUGCUGUUUAAUGCAUUUCGGAAGCUUAAAUUAUCGGAUAUAAACUCAGCUGUUGUUCUGCAAUUAUUUGGAAACUUUCUGUAUUUAUUUAUCUCAAGCACUGUUCUUGGAGUAGUUGCUGGCUUGCUGAGUGCAUAUAUUAUUAAAAAGCUUUGCUUUGGAAGGCACUCCACUGAUCGUGAGGUAGCCAUUAUGAUUCUUAUGGCUUACCUAUCAUAUAUGCUUGCUGAAUUUUACGAUUUAAGUGCCAUCCUUACUGUCUUCUUCUGCGGGAUUGUGAUGUCACAUUAUACCUGGCAUAAUGUCACUGAAAGUUCUAGAGUUACCACCAAGCAUGCUUUUGCUACAUUGUCGUUUAUCUCUGAGAUAUUUAUAUUCCUUUAUGUCGGCAUGGAUGCUUUAGACAUUGAAAAGUGGAGGCUUGUAAGAGAAAGUCCUGGAACAUCAAUUCAGGUUAGCUCAAUAUUUUUGGGUCUGCUUAUGAUUGGAAGAGCUGCUUUUGUCUUUCCCUUGUCAUUCUUAUCCAACUUGACCAAAAUGUCCCCAGACGAAAAGAUUGACAUUAACCGACAAGUUACAAUAUGGUGGGCAGGGCUUAUGAGAGGUGCUGUUUCCAUGGCCCUUGCUUACAACCGGUUUACAAGGGCAGGCUAUAGCCAAUGCCGAGAAAGUGCAAUAAUGAUCACAAGCACUAUUACCGUUGUUCUUUUCAGCACGGUGGUAUUUGGGUUAAUGACCAAACCUCUGAUCAGAACCUUGCUGCACUCGCCUAAACACAUGAAUGUAAAGGUCAGCCCUGAGCCACUUACCCCAAAGUCAUUCACUGUGUCACUUCUAGAGCAGGAUUCAGAGACUGAUCUGGAGAGCCGUCUUGCAUCCCAUCCAAACAGCUUACGAAUGCUGCUAAGAGUUCCCUCUCACACAGUCCACCAUUACUGGAGAAAAUUUGACAAUGCAUUCAUGCGUCCGGUGUUUGGGGGGAGGGGUUUCAUGCCCAUUGUUCCCGCCUCCCCACCCGAACAGGAUGAACAACAAUGACAGCACUAAUUCUCACUCUGAUUUUGUUUGUCUGUUCAUAGGACCAAUGGGUUGGUGUGAUGAAAAGGUUGCUAAUUGAUAGUUUGUCAGGUAGAGAAAUGUUUUGUUUCAGUGGUUAUGAGUUUUUGUUUAGUUUCCAUAUCGGCCAAUUGGGGCCAUAGCAUAUGGGAACUCAGAUUUUUUUAUUUUUAAAUUUUUUGGGGGUAAACACCAAACGGUGUAUAGCUUGUAAGCAAAUCUCCAGGUAUUCAAUGUUCCUGUAUAUACACACUUCGUUAUCAAUUCAUCAAUUAUACUAAUGAAUGAGCUUUUGUUGUUGUU